ACUGAAACCCACCCCCCAGCUCUCUUUCUCUCUCUACCGUACCGGAGCUAAAGCAAAAAGGAAAUUCUGGGGUUUCACAUGUAUCCAUCUCACUGAUCUAUGUAAAUCCGGCGAUAAUCUCACAAUUCCGGCCGGAAUCUUCUUCCAUGGCGUCUCAAGAGACCGUUCUCCGUUCACCUCUCGACAAACCCCUCCAUCAGCUCACUGAAGAAGAUAUUUCUCAGCUCACUCGCGAAGAUUGCCGCCGUUACCUCAAAGCCAAAGGAAUGCGGCGUCCUUCUUGGAACAAAUCGCAGGCGAUCCAGCAGGUCAUCUCUCUUAAGACACUUCUCGAAUCCACGCCGGAUUCCGAUGCUGCCGGCGCCGCUCGGAAGAAGCUCCAUAUUGCCCCAAGAGCAGCAAGUGGGAAUACUCCAUCAAGUCCUUCGUCGGCCGAAGAAACUGUACCUUACCGGGGAAAGGAUUCUGAAAAAUCCGAUCAUAUUCCAGACGAUGUAUUGACCGGUCAUGUAGCUACCUCUGACAUUAAUGUUUCAACCCCUCCCAGAACAUCAGAUGUGCCAAACGUGCCAGCUGGACAAUUGACAAUUUUCUAUUGUGGAAAGGUGAAUGUGUAUGAUGAUGUGCCAGCUGACAAGGCACGGUUGCUGAUGCAGCUUGCUGCAAGUCCGCCACAUUUACCUUUCGAAGGACCUUUUGAUGGUGCAGCCACUAGACAACAAGCUUUGCCGGGCAUUUUACAAGUCUCUAGUGUCAAAUCUGGAGUUGAUGCUCCUGUUCCAACCUGGAUAUCAAUGAAUUUCGCUGACAACUCUCGGUUGCACAGAGAGGAAAGUGAGAUGAAUUUGGAUGACAACCUUGGAGCUGAAGGUUCUGCAAGUAGAAAACUAUCUGUGCAAAGAUAUCUUGAAAAACGCAAGGACAGGUUCAAGAGCAAGAGAAAGAUAGCUCCCUCUUCAUCUGGUGCUAGUAUGGAUGUUUACUUGAACCACCAAACGGGAUACCAGAGCCCCAGUUAUCAUGCAAUCAGGAGCAACACAUGCUCCCCAACUCAAAUCAGAUCACAGGACAUGCCUGAAUUCUGUGAGAACAGUGCAAUAAAGGAUCCCAAGUUUUCACCUGCUUCAAAUGAUAAAGGUACCAACUCGAGGAUGAUGAGAAACAACCUGUAAUUGCUACAACCCCACCAUCUGUAACCUAACUUCGAGAAUACUAAUAUUGCCUUGCGUUAGUGGCUAGUAUUCCACAUUCAAAGAGUCUACCAUUCUGGAAUUGGUAACACUUUAUUUAAGCCUUGGAACAUUAUUAUUAUUAUUAUGUCUGUAGUGAAUACUUUUAGGUCUAUGGAAAGUUGAGCCAUUUUGAGAAGAUCAGAUUAUCAAGGAAACCAUUAUUAUUAUUAU